CCCAUAUUUUACCCAGAGAGAGAGAGAGAGUUUUGGAGUGACAUGAAUAUUGCUUCUUGAUGAGAUGCUUGUCUGAUUGAUUUGAGAUGGACAAGUGAAUUCUUCUCUGCUUCCCUCUGGAUUUCCCCUUGUAUGCUGCCGCUUUCUUGUUCGUUCUUGAUUCAUUCGUCAUCGUGAGCCUCUAAUUUUCUCUCUGAUCUCGCAUUUUCUCUGCAUUUCUGAGUGCAGAGUAGUCGUUCUUGAGCUCAAUUUCCGGUUUUAUCGUCCAGGUGAUUCCAGCUUGUAUAAUCCAUUCCAUCCGCAUGUCACUCUCUUGAUCGACAUCAAAGGGUUUCGUUGAGAUUUGGCUCCUGAAGCAUGGAGGGUCUCUAUGGAACCCCGAAUGGAGAAGUAGCAAAUAAUAAUGGCCUCCAGCUGAUCCGAUACUCUGCUUACCAACCCUGCACCAAGUUGUCUUCGGCUUGGUUCGACUUGAGAGUGUUCUAUGUUCGGAUCAGUAAUUUUCAGGUUAAUGACUUGACCCCCGAAUCGCUCACUCUUAAUCACAUGCCUUUAGAUCCUGAGACUUUACUCGAAGUGAAUGGCACUAGAAGUAGCAUAUAUUCGGAUGGAGUCUCGUGCCUUCUCAGGAGGGACAGGAUCGAUAAGAGAUCAGAAGAGGCCACGUUCGUGAGCACUGAUACUAUAAGGUUGACAGGGAGUGUACAAUUUGAGGUUUUUGAUAGAGAUGAUCGAAUUCUCUCAGGGGUUUUGGAGAUGUGUUCUAGUAAUGGCUCCACGGGGGAAUCAAAAGGAAAUACAAAGAGAUGGAGCAUGAAAUGUCAAUCCGAGAUGGCGAUCGGCAAUGGCUUAUUGAAGGGUGAACAUAACAUGGGACCGGAGUCGAUGCCUCCAACUAUUGAGGUUUACGUCACUGGAUGCUUUGCAGGAAAUCCAAUAAUUUUGACGAAUACAUUGCAGAUUAGCCUGCGGAAGAAGCACGCUAGGAAAGGCAUGCUGGAUAUGAUUCCUGAGGACGAAACUAGUGAAUUCCAUAAAGAUGAGUCACCAGGACUGGACUUACAGAUUGCCGGAUACAGAAACUACAAGCCAGAAAUUGACGAGGACUACAGCAUGUACUGGCGGAGGUCAGAACUCAUGGAAUACGAAGAUGGUGAACUCUCGUGGUUCAAUGCCGGAGUGAGAGUUGGAGUUGGAAUUGGGCUUGGCAUCUGCGUUGGGGUCGGCAUAGGGGUAGGGUUGCUCGUUCGUACUUACCAAGCAACUACCGGGAACUUCAAAAGGCGGCUCUUGUAGGUCAUCGCCUCUUUUAAGUUCCAUACUACAAUCCAUGAUUUUCGGAGACCUCCUGAUUGUGCCCUCCUGGCUUUCCAGUCCGAUGUGCUUUCUCUCGCCGAAGAUUUUGGCUCCAAGCGUUUCGUUUCCCUGGCCAAGUGUGAGCAAUUUUUGGUGUGCUUUAUUGUGGUAUCUUCUCUGUUUAGAGGGAGAGAAAUGGUUGUACAGAUCCAGUGAACCGAGGGAAGGCAGUUAACUUGAGUUA